UUAUCAAAUAUACGGAUUAUAUAUCUUUAAAUUUAAUGGAGAUAUCAACUCUCACAAUACAUACUGCAGUUUGCUGAACCUCAUAUCUAUUCCUUUAUUUUAAUGGAGUAUUAAAGUUCAACAUCAAGUUCAUCCCACCUUGUGUCGUGAACUUGAGUAGGCUGACGAUGACAUAAGUGGGCUAUGUUAUAGCUAUGAUUUUUUUUUAAAUAUAUGUCGUCGGACUUUUUAAACCACCUUGAUUGAAAUAAGCGGAGACUGGAUUAUGACAACUUUAGUAAUUAUAUAAAUUGAUUUUUGGUAGUGGUGGUGGUAGCAAAAUUUGAAUUUGCAGGGCGAUUGCAAUAAACUGUUGCUGGACUCGUAUAAUACUGAAAGAGUUUAAACGACUGUGCAGUCUUCUUAGAUUUAUUUAUUUAUUUUCAAGAACAAGAAGCCUGUGUAUCCUUGAGGGGAAUACAAAAGCCAUGGAUCACUUAUAAAAAUAUGUGCGAGGAUUAUGGUCAUUUGAUGACCACGGACCACAUUAGAAAUAGUUGGGCCAGCUGUUUGCAGAAUACCUAAAUCACGUGCAUAUGAUAGUGAUUUUUUUAUUUAUUAUUUUUGAAAGAAACUGCACUUUGGCGGACUCUGAAAAGUUUGCGUGUGUGUGUGCGUGCGUAAACAGAGCGCUUUUGUCAGAAAAUAGGAUGACGGUAUCACAGAAUAUCUCAUAUUUGUUCAGUGUCUUCCGAGCUGCAUCCACAAAUCAACUAAUUAGUGCGUUAUAAAGCAGAUAGACUCUCGGCUGAUUGAAUCAGCUAAGGGCCCUCUGAUAUCUUGUAAAAUUCAUAUAAAAGAAUUGUGAGAGGUAUAACAAUCCCACCAGAGUUUGGCUGCGAACGUUUAUUGGCGGUAUCUGUUAAAGUUGUUCAUGUGAGGUGUACUAGAGAAUAUUAUGUGAAAUAUACCCUCUUAAAGUAACCUUGUAGAAUAUCGUCCUCCUUUACAGAGCCAGUGGCUUCAACCUGCUGACCCCGUUACUGUAAAUAUGAGUAGAGUGCGGCAAUGAGCAUCAGUCUUUUCUUAAAACAAGCUUGUAAAAUUGGGACAUCACAGCUUUAUAUGACACGGAAUUCGACCAUAAUUUGCUAGAAAACAAGAUGUCAUAUGCACCCUCUCCUUCAAGAAAAAAUAGUUUUCAUAAGAAAUAGCAUUUAAAAAACUUUUGCCAGCUUAUAAAGAUAUUAAACGAGGCCAUGGACAGUUCCACGAGUGUAAAAGGAGAAACAGUCUGGGCUCCUUUUGGACGCGGCGUUGCUCGAGUGAGCAAAAACAAGAUUCUACAUUUUUAAUAAAAGGUUUAUAGUAUUUUUAAAAAGCAUAUAAACCUCAGUAAUACAGAAGUUAAUGUUUUGUUUUGUCUGAGAUGGACCAAGUGGGUGGUACCAUGUGUAGCAGAACUUAGCCUGGACACGUGGUCUGAGAAUGACCAAUCAGGCGCUCCUCCAGGUUUAACUACGUUAAAUGUCAGAUUGCAAUAAACUAGAAGCUGUUGGUCGGGCCCGCGGAAAUGGGCGAGCAUAAUCUCCUUAAUCCAGGGUUUGUGGGACCUUUGGUAAACAUCCACACUGGAGACACAUUUUACUUUCCGAAUUUUAGAGCCUCAGGGGGACAACUGGCGGGGCUACCGUCUCUCUCGUACCCGAGAAGGGACAACGUUUGCUCCCUCCCGUGGAAUCCUUCGGAGCCGUGCAAUGGAUACUCUCAAUCCUACUUUAGCAGCCCCGUGUCUAUUAACCCUUCCUUCAAUCGGUCGUGUGAAAUUACCAGACCAGAGGAAGGCAAAUGCUAUUACAACAAUGGCAACGGGAAUAGGGAGACCUGUUCAGGUGGCAGCAGUCUCAAACGAGAGGAUAGGGCGAGAGACACAUCAUCCCUAGCAUCUGACCACGGGAUGCACAGUGGAAUUGGCAGCACGGCUGCCUUUUCUAAAUACGAUUAUGGGACCGAGCAGCUAACGCAAGACCCGCCAUCCUGUCAGUCAAUGGAGUCCGAUUCCAGCUCCUCUCUGCUCAACGAGGGCAGCAAGCCUUCAUCCAGCGACACACAGACCCUGGUGUCACCGGGAAGCCAUUCCAGCAACAUAGCCGCAGGCGGAGGUGCCCCGUGGUACCCGAUGCACACUCGGACCAGAAAGAAGCGCAAACCUUAUUCCAAGCUUCAGCUGGCUGAGUUAGAAGGUGAAUUUAUGCUGAACGAAUUCAUCACCAGGCAGCGGCGGAGGGAACUCUCCGAUCGUCUGAACCUCAGUGACCAACAAGUCAAGAUCUGGUUCCAGAACCGCAGGAUGAAGAAGAAGAGACUCAUGCUGAGGGAGCAAGCUUUGGCCUACUUUUAGAGAUGCGGCAGAAGGUGAAUCGAUAGGCAGUAAAAAAGAAAAAGAAAAAAAAAAAGAAAAGAAAAAGCCAAGCCUUCUACGCUCCCUUAGGUCUUCUUUUAGUGCAUGCAACCAUCUACCCAUCUUUUACAUUGCAAGCAUUUAUUACCCUACUUUAUUUCUAAUAUUUUUAUAUCAAAGGUGCGGGUUGCAAAAACCCUAAACAAGCCGCUGCCUGGCAUCCAAAGCUAUACACGUCAGUGAGUCUUCACGUUUUGGUAUAAUCGCACAGAAGAAGCUGUGAGAAUGUGUUUUUUGUGCGUGUGUUUUACUUUAUCCCGAUCUGUCAUGACAUUAGUGUACGGCCUAAAUGUGUCUUUAGUGUAACAUCUUUUCGGUUGACACAUAGUGACGACAUCAGGAUUGUUACCGUUUUAGUCAGAGAAAAUAAGGCGGGAGAGUCGGCGAGCCCUCGAAAUAGGCCUAAAAAUAAUACUGAAGUCAGACAGGGAAGCCUGACUGGGGCGAAUCGGUGCAAAAAGAAAUGUCUGAAGUUAUGAAGUGAUAAAGGAGAAUCUCGGUUUCGGUCGCCUUUACCUCCACAUGCCAUACUUUGUUAGGCAAGAGGAACAACGCCUUUAUCUUGUCUCCAUAGUUUUCGCCACGUUUAUGGGCACGUUCACGGUCACGGGCGGCAGAUCUGGAAGUCUGGGAGUCUGCGUGAGGAGGCGAGAACUAAAACCGCAGUGUAAUUCAUAUCAAUGUUUUUAUGACUGCGCAUUGAAAAUUGAUUGCCAUGACUUUGUUCAUGUGCAAAUAGAUUUCUGAAGGUAUUUUCCUCUUUCACCCCUACUUUUAUUGGUUUUAAACGUGUCUUAACAUCAACCACUGAAUCCUGCAUGGGUUGCGUUUCUUUCGUUUAGUGAGGUCACCGUUAGAAAACGGGUUUGAGCUGCUAUAAAAAGUUUAAGUCCAGACUGUACCAGUCAAAAAAAGUGUAUUUUACAAUGAACUAGCGAGGACCUGUAAUGGAAAGAUUGAACAGUACUACACAACUAUGUUCAAGGCCAACUCGGUUACAGCGAGGGACCCGCCUAAACUCGCAACAGCGGGAGAAUAAGUUGUUUUUUGGGGAAAGCGCAUUUCAGAAACUCGGUGCUUAUGAUUUUUUUAAAUCAAUAUGUAGAAUUAAAAAAAUGUAAUCAUAGGCUUAUGUGUGUGCUCCCUUAAUUCAGAGUGAAUGCAGUGCAUUAUCCGUCAUGUACAACGAGUAAGCUAUAGCAGUGAAAUGUUCUCAGCAUGUUAUUGAUGUGAAAUAAUCAUAAGUCAUGUUCUGCAGGAUACUUUUUCUGUAGGUGACUUUUAUAUUUUUUCUUCCAAACAAAUGCCAACAAACUAAAACUUUUUGGACUCAAACGUCUUCAAAGAAUGUAUUAUUAUUAUUAUUAUUAGAAUUAUUAUUACUAGAAUUAUUAUUAGGAAGGGAGGACGGUCUAUUAGACCUAUUAAUGUACUUGCUUUUUGCAAUGUGCUCAGUGUUGCCCCUUUCUUUACCCUGUACUUGUGUACAACUUUGUUCAAUGAAAUGACAUAUGUUGGUAUUUGCAUCCUAUUUGAGGAGGCCUUAUCGCUAUGUAAUAGGCUAGUGCUUUAUGUUAUUGACCGUCUUGUAACAAUAUCGCAUUCCAUAGGCUAUAGCCUAUUUGUGGUUGUAAGGGCUGGAAAUGUAGGCCAAAAGUGUAUAGUGUCAAGAAUGGUAAGAAAUGGUAUGUAAGGUUUGUUUAAUUUUUUAAAAUUUUACAAAUGUUUUUAUUUUUUUAAUAUUAUUAUCAUUAUCAUUAUUAUUAUUAUUAUUGUUUUACCAUUCAUGACAUUUAAAAAAACGACGUUUCAAUGUAGUAGUUGUUUAUUAUCGUUAUUUUAUGUCACUCCGAUUGCAUUCCUUUCUUUGCGCUUGUAAGGAUUGCUACGUUGUCUUGUAAAAGUAAUAAUGAUAUGAAUGUAUAUGCGUAAGGUCUUCAAUAAAACACAGUAUUGAAAAGGUUACUGGUAUUAGCCUGUUAUUAUGUUGCUUAUCUGAAUGUUCUGCUUCAACACCAAUGAUAACUGUGGGGAUUAUUUUAUUGGACGUGACCUGUAACACGGUUUAAAAGCUACACGCGUCCACCACACUGAAAUAAAGAUUUGAACAUUAAUAGGACAUUUGAAAGCAUUUGAAAGACUGUUUUGUUGGCACAUUAAUUACACAUGCUGUGAAACGUAAGAAAAUAGAGCCCACACAGGGGGAGCUUUUUAUUUUAUUUAUUUAUUUAUUUAUUUUAUUGUUGCCGCAACAGAUGCAAAGGUAGGUUAUAGACAAAUAGGUAAAAAUGCAAAAUUGCAUCCAGGUGCAUAUUUUAAACUAACACUGAAUAUUGUGUUUAUAAAGCCUGGGACACAACAACAACUACAAAACACCUAGACUGGUUUAAAGUAAAAUUCCCUUUUCCGUCCUUGUGGUUUCUCUUGAAGUUCGACCUAAUCAAUGUCACUGGUAUGCUACAAGCCUAUAACGGCGCAGCUAAACACGCAAUAGCUCUGUAAAGCAGUAAUGGGGUUACACCCCAGUGCUCCAUAUAGUCGAGCCCUUUGGACUGCCUUUUCCUUGUGUAUCCCAUCUUCUGCCUUGCAGUGCGGAUUUAUAAGUGUGAUAAUUAUAUAUCAAAGUAAAGUUCAUUAUAACAUGCACGCAGACCAAAUAAACAUCCUUCUCUUAAAUGACGUGCACAGUACGCACACACUCCUUUACAAUGAACCGUUUCUAAAAUCCACAAGGCUCUCCCUACUGGCAAAUGAGUGUAAAGCAAUGCGCGGCGGUGCAGCGUUGUCCUGUCAGCUAUCUAAACAUGCAAUUGUACGUUUGUCUUCAACAGUUUGCAGUCUGAGUUAUGGUGAAGUAGGCUAUGUUCACUGGAAACUGCUGUGCUGUCUGCAUUUGGAAUCAGAUGUUGCCAUUUCAGUGAACUGUGAACGUCUGCUCCUUGCAGCCGCCUGACUGAAUGACAUUCCUGACUUGGUCUGUGCGUGAUCAGGCAUACAUGUACAAAUGUAAGAUUGCGUGAGCUCAUUGCUUGGCACAAUCCCCUUGGUGUUCGAUUAACUAUUGCCUCGGAUAUUUAUGAUUUAAGAUAUAUCAGCGAGCUUUUGAAAUUUCGAAACGUUUAUUUUGAGUUGAUAGAAGUCUUGCAGGAGUGUUACGGGAGCUACAUCAUAUUGCUGUUUACGCAAGUAAAAGAAGCUGAUAUGUGUGUCUGUUUACCUUAAUACCGACAACCACCUUCCUUAGUUAGGCGGAUCUUAAACCGCAACAAAAGCCUUUCUAUUAUUUUCAUCAAUUCAGAAUUAUUUUUGUACUUUUAUGUGCUACAUAUGAUUUAAUAAAUAUAACGGCUGUACGGUCCUCCGUGAGGUUGUCUGUACACACUGCUUCAAAAAGGGCACGAUGUAUGUGCGGAUACGAAAACAAAAAUCUAAAUGCUGAUUUUUUAAGUAACCCUAGUAAAUGUAAUUAACACUUCUGCAAUUAUUUAUGUUUUAAAUACAUGACACUUCAAGGGAAGGCGUAAAUGAAAGACACAUGCUGGCAUCAUGUAGAUUUUGCUUUGGCCUACCUGAUAAAACGGUAGGCCUAAGCAAAAUCUACAUUUGAAAUCGUUUCGAUAUAUCACGGCAACGGAAUUUUAAUCAUUUCUUUACCUUUAAAACAAGAAAGCAGUGCGUAAUAUUCUCAUAUUUUCCUUUUUACGCAGCGAUGACAACACACAUGUGUCCGUGUAUGUUUUAAUGAAUACACAGUGCAUCAUAUUCACAAAGCGACGCCAAUCUGAUGCAAAACAUUACUCGUUAAGCGCACCUAGUAUUUGUUGCAAUAAUUAACUAAGACUAUGAAAUAAUGCCAGGCGAUCUUAAAGUGGCUUUAUUGAAUUUGAUCACCGAGAGGACGUCGUUCAUAACAGCUCCAGCCUUUUCAGGUCAUCAAACGCGUUGUUGACCAUGAAAGGAGAUAAAAUUGUAUCUUAUGUUUGUGCGUUGCCUUGUUAAAUUGGUAAGAAGAGAAUGGCAUACGGAAAAAGCACCAUCGUCUUUCUUGCUUUUUGUUUAAUCGCAAACCUCCGUGACCAUACUAUGUUACAAAUAUACAAAUAUAUAUUUUAGAAGGAUUCAGGAAAACCUGUCAUGAAGCGCUGACAACACUGGCAGAAACUCAUUAAGGUUCCAUGGAUCUGCUUCUAUAACCCGCAAAAGAACCUAUUGACAUGAAAACGAGGGCGAGAAGCAAUAGAUAUGAACCAGGAUCCAUGGUUUGUAACAAACUGCGGUAGAUUAACGCUCACUUAACAAAGAAAGAGUAAAGUGCAAUUCACAGCAGCAACAAUUUGCAUGACACCUUAAUUCGAAUGUAUUUUGACAGCUACGUAAUUAGACUAAGCACCCAAACAAGUCUAUUUUCAGCACAGCGUGAAUGCGAUUAGUGUCAUGACUAAAUGACACAAACACUCGUGUGUAUUUAGAGGCUAGUUCAAUGCGUCAUUUGUAAAAUGGUUGGAUUUUUUUUGGGACUCAUUAACUUGACAAUCAAGCCUUUGAACUGUGUCGAAUCAAAUGCCGAACACGGAAUUUUAACUUGAACUUCAAGCCAGAGUUAUCUGUUAAUAUUAUUUAUUACUUUUUGUAACUUGUUUAUUUAGACAGAGGAUCUUUGCUUCACUUUAUCAUUGCUUGGAAGGUUUUCCACGUCCGGAAACACCAGUUCACGACGCCAUUACCUGCCACUCUGUUCUUCUAAGGCUGUUCUUCUACUGCGUAAUAUCUAAUUUUAGUUUGCCUUUACAUGUCUUGUCUGCAUUCUAAAGUGAUCGAAUUCCCUUUCUACAAAAUGAUGAGUUUAAAAAACCAAAAACAAUCAAAGAUAUGCUUUGCGUUUCCAGACAAUCUGGUGAUAUUUGGCGUUGCAGGAUUUUACAAUAGGUCUUUCACAGCUCUUGAGCACUUUUGACUUUGAGACUGGCUAAAUCUGUUUAUGGCAGCCUGUCUCCGCGUCCCAAAGGUCACUGAGCUUCACAGUGCCCUUCGCAGAGAACUUGUGUGGAGUGUGGUCUACGUCCCCCGUCACCCCACUGUCGUUUAUGGUACAAAGCUGGCCUGAGAAAUAGAAAGCUCUGUUAUUCCUACUAAAGUGUGUGGCAGAGGGGGAGUGUGGAGUGUGUGGACGUGCGUGAGUGUGAAUGUGUGUGUUUUAAAGGAGACUGUUAAUGUGAUAAAGAGAAGAUAGGUAGGAUGCUCAACGUAAGAGAUCUAUAUCGUUUUACGUCUUUCAGAACUAUUAUAUAUUGAUUUUGACAUGAUUUGAAAUGAGUUCGCCACUAGCUGCUUUUUUUCUGAAAUGCACGCCCGUAUCAAUUUGUUUUUCAAUAGCAUCGCGCCUCCAACAGCCCUUAAUACGAGGUGUGAAGGUUUCAUUGCUCUCUCAAAAGAGCCGAAUUCCUUUUAGACCAGUUGUCCCUGGUGUAAAGAAAGGCAAAACAUUUCAGAAUCGAUUGAAAUCAUUGUAAUGUUUCUCGAUCAGCCAGUUGUAUUAUCACGGCAGGGCUUUAUGUUAUAUUUUCGCAAUAAUAUAAAGAAUGUAAACAUUGUGCACAGCGCUGGUCAGCUCGUGUUUAUGCAGUAUGGCGCUAUAUAAUGCCGGUAUUUUGAUUGAACUUUCUUUCUUUUUUCUUGACAAAUUGUUUGAUUUUCUCUCUGACGAGGACACUUAAGGCGUUUUUAAUUGGCAUUCCGUAUUUUUGAUAGAGGACUUGUCUUUCCAAGGGCGACUCUUUCCAAGGGCCUUAAAGUGCCCACUGAAGGUCAAGUAUGCAAGCAUGGAACUGCAUUAACUGUUUCAUACAUGGUGAAAAAUUUUGCGUCACCUGUUCAAGUUUGAUCAGCGUUGGUUCAAGUCAUGUGUGGUGUAGCUUCAGCUAUAUUACCGUCUAUUAUUUUAUAUGCAUUGGCACGGUGUAAAUGUAAGGGCUCCUUAAAAAGCAAACAUAUAUCAGAGCUAACACAACAUUAGCACUAAGUUUAAGCAAGUAUUUCAAGCAUAUCUGAGAUGACAGCAGGAAACUCGUCGCUUUUAGUUUGGGCAUAUUGAACCAUUUUUCGCAAGACUAACGCAAACAAAACCGACUUUUGACACCCACGCAGAAAUCAGCCACCAGUAUCUCAGUUUGCAUUAGCGUUCAAAACUUUAUCACGAUUACCCUGCUGUAUGCGUGGAUAUGUACAUUUUCUCAGUUGGGUUUGGUAACAUCAGAAAAGAUUAGAUCAAAUAUUAAAAACAAAACAAAAC